AUGCUGACCUGCAUUGCCUGCUCGAAACAGCUAGCGGAUGCGGGAGAAGAUGAGCCCGCGCGUGGAAUCCCACGGACAAAGGACACCGUCAAGAGCCUAACGUCGCAGGUACCACUCCCAUCCACUCCUCUUCGACAGUACUGCAAGAUGUCUUCUUCGUCUUAUCGCGGCGUACUCUAGUUUUCUCUCGACAUGUCCGUGUUCAUCACUGAACUUUUCUGUUUCCUUUUGGUUAAUUUGCCUCCAAAUUGUGCUGGUUAAUCCGUCUAUAAACUUCGAUGCCUCCCUAAUCGGUAUUUUUAACUUUUUCUUUCUUCUCCUCUCUCUCUCUCUCUCUCUCUCUCUCUAUCCCAUCGCUAAUACCGAAAGCAGCUAAAGAGAAAGGGGGACUAAGCAUAUGCGUGAUCAUUGGGCGGAAAACGUUAAUUUACGUACUGAAGGAUUUGCCACCCCUGUUUUCCACCUCGAUGUUACUUUAAAUGCUCGGGCCGAAACAGAGCCCAGUCGGCCGCCUCGAGGAUCAGCAUCCUCAAAAGGCGUGCCGUUGGAAAGAUUCAUUGGCUAUGUACAGAAUGAGGCCCCUCCACCGUUCAUCAUCAUUCCCUGUUUGUGUGAGCCCAAAACUGGAACAUUUCUGAACUGAUAUCUGAACCAAAGUCCGUCUGUUUUUAUACAGCAAAAUUGAUUGCGAGAAAGAAAUUGGCACAGGCUGUCGACCACUCAAUACUUUUGGGUUAAGUUGACCAGGGCUGGAUUCCACUAUUCGGCUAUUUUGUCUGAAUGAGUAAACGCGACUUUAUCCUUGUUAAUUAACCCAACCAAUUCCAGUUCUAACCAGGUCAUCUAAGUUGUGUCCAACAGAUAAAGGAGAUGAUGUUGAAGUUCUCCGGAGCGUACCGGCACAGCAAACCUUAUGGAGGGGGUGUUGCCACCGGCGGCACCUGCAGGAAGGGUGGAUUUUCCAGCGGCAUCUUUGACAGCCACCCGUACGGCGAUUUCGACGCUGUGUCGGAGGCAGGUGAAGACCUGGCCGGGCGGCAUCAGUAUCUUAGAACGGGAUGCAGCUCCAGCUCCACUCCGGGGUGGGACUUCGCAAGCGUCAACGUGGCAUCGUCGAAUGACAGGUUCGCCAUUGGAGAGGAUCGGUCAGGGAACGAGGAUCGACUGUUCGAGGAGGUGCUGGUGGAGGACGACGGGGCAGCCAAGGAAUGGGUCGCCCAGGUGGAACCCGGUGUCCACGUGACCUUCCUCUCCAUCCCCGGCGGUGGCAACGACCUCAAGCGCAUCCGCUUCAGGUAAUAUCCGUCACUGUCCCCCGCCUCCCUCUCACCCGUCUAUCUGUCUCAUUCUUCUAAUCUUGGGUGUCAUGUCUGCGAGCAGUAGGGAAAUGUUCAAUAAGUGGCAGGCGCAAAGAUGGUGGGGAGAGAACUACGACCGCAUCAUGGAGCUAUACAACGUGCAUCGCUUCAGCCGCAAUGCGCUCCCCACUUCCCUCCGCUCGGAUUACGAUGUGAGACCCGUCUCAGACAGCUUAGCCCGUACAUACACUCUCUCUCUCUCUCUCUCUCUCUCUCCUUCUCUGAAUCGAUGAGAGAGAAAGCCCGUUGCAACCAUGGAUUCGUCUGUCCCUGUCGUGUCCCCAUCACAGCUAUCCAAGGGGAAACCCCACCGGGUACCACUGCUCAACCGACAACCCAGAGUACCCCCCCCACGGCGCGGCGUCUAAUCCAAUUGACCUGCUUUGCUAAAAAGAGGCAAAUGGGACGGCCCAAGAAUCCGCAUUUGGCCCUUUCUUGAUUUCCGCGGCUCAUUAACUACUCUCCAACCUUUUUCUUUCUUCUUUUGUCGUCCCUGCGCCACAGCUCCUUUCUCGUGGCUGGAGAAACUCUGUUCCCCCCUGCUCACCCUGCGGCCGCUGUCUUGCAGGGGGAUUCAUCUUCCGUCUCGCGCCCGACGGGGGAGGGCCCGGCGACUCCUCGCCCGGGCAUGGCCCGGAAGGCCAAUGGCAGCAGCGCGCUCCUUCCCGUGCCGGACCCCACCGAGCACAUCCUCCACUACAACCCCAACUUCCCCAUGGCGGCUUCGGGGGCUCCGUGGAAAGGGGAGGAGGCUCCGCUGGCCCACGAAGUCACCGGGGACCCCCAGGAAACGGCGGAGUGGGUGGCGCAGGACCAGCCGGGCGUCUAUAUCACCAUCCGCCAGCUCCCCGACGGCACCAGGGAGCUCCGCCGCGUCCGCUUCAGGUAUCACCACCACUAGCCAUCCCAACCACCCCCGCCCCGUUCGUUACUCGCGGCAGCGUCCGUUCGCUCAAUUCCUUGCUUGCUAUGGCAGCCGGGAGCAGUUCGCGGAGAAGAACGCGAAGCGAUGGUGGGAGCUGAAUCAGGAACGAAUUCAGGCCCAAUACCUCUAA